AUGGAGAUUCUGCCGGUCACGAGUCAGUUUAACGUCGGAUUCAGUAGUGAAAAAGCAUGGAAUGGGCCGACAUGGCGAGAGGCGCCUAUGCCGGUACCGACGGAGACGGCGUUGGCUCAAAGGCUCGAGAGGGAGCUUAGGGCUGCGAAGGGGGCCAGCGAGUUAGCCACCGCCGAAGUCCUGGUCCCAGCAGAACUGCUGGCCAGGGCUUCGAGGCAGACGCUAGCAUUGGCAGAGGGCGAGCCCUGCGGUUCCCGCGGCGCGGCAGUCAUCGUCGACGUGGCCGGCCGCCGCCUGGCCGCCUUCAAAAUAGACCCCAACACGCUCACGACGCACGAAAUACACCUGCAUCUGGAACACGAUGCGACCAACUGGACCAGCCUGCUGCCGCAAUUCUUAAAAAAUUUAACGAGAGGCGGCACGAUCAUCAUCAGCCCCCAGUUCACGAUAGAAAAGAAAAAGCUAUUCCGAAGCCAGUCGGAG